CUCUAUAUGAGCAGUACAGUAUGGAGGAGGUUUGGCGCGGGAGCUGUCCAUGGUGCUGAAUUAACCGUUUUAUGCACUUUAACCAGCAUGGAUAAAUAGUCUACAUCUAUGAAUAGUGGAAUAAUUUACGAAUUAACCACAAAUCAGCACGUGCUAUUGGGUGCGUCACUGCUCCAGUUAUUCAUAGCUAUUGUAUUAUCUCAUUGUGGCAGCACGGAAGCCCUAUUCCCUCUGGAUUAGGCUGUUGUAUUUUGAGCAUCGUUGGUCAAGUGUUUAGUCGACCUGACAUUUUGGCUAUAUGCCUACAAUUCGUUUUAUUGUAGGCCUUUGUAAUACAUUUUUAUCCCCGCACAUUUUCAUAACAGGUCAGUAAAAAGGUAGCAUAUUUUAUAUAUUUCUUUGCCUAUUUUGAUUAAUCGGGCCUGUCAGAGUGAAUUGCAAUGAGCUGUAGCCCUAUUGUGGCUAUUGGUGAAAACAGUGAGGUGAGGAGCGAUUGUGAAAGAGUUGCAAAGCAAUGAUGUCAUAGUUUUAAGUAUGUGCCAUGGGAGAGCAUAUGGUUCGUACCCGCUGCCGAGCGGCAGUGUUGCUUUGUUAUGAACAGGCGGCGCUGUAGCUGGCGGAAGAGUAAGUCGCCCAGCCCAGUAUAUCUUCGCCUGGAAAAUAGAAACCGAGGGGGAGACGAGAAAACGGGAGGAGAAAAUACGGUGUUGGCAGGAGGAAAAAGAGAAAGCUACGAUAAUGGCCGCUAAAUCGGAUGGGGUAUUGAAAAUGAAAAAGAGCGAUGUAGCUUUCACGCCUUUGCAGAAUUCGGACCACUCGGGCUCAGUACAAGGACUCGUUCCAGGAUCGCAGCCGGAUUCGGGAAUUGGGGAUGGGGACUUCGUGAAUGGGGAAUCUCGGUGCUGUGGUUCUAAAUCGACAUGUCUUCGCCUUGGCAGAGAGCAGCAAACUAAAUACACGAUAUGGGACUGUCUAUGGAUCCUCGCCGCAGUGGCGGUGUAUUUCGCCGAUGUAGGCACCGAUAUUUGGCUUUCUGUCGACUAUUACCUCCGUCGCGAGUACUGGUGGUUCGGACUCACACUAUUUUUUGUGGUGCUAGGGUCGUUCUCCGUCCAAGUCUUCAGUUUCCGAUGGUUCGUCCACGAUUUCAGCACCGAGGAGAGCUCAAAUGCCGGCGGUGCGGCAAACUGCUCGUCCCACAUGGACGGGAAGCUGCUGACUGGUUCUGCUUCACAUGGAGACGUGGGCGCCCAACCGUCCACACCUCAAAAACAGGCAUCCACCGCCAACAAGAGCAACACCACAAGCAACAGUAACAGCAGCACGGCAACCCGGACUAAUAAGCAAAGGUCGGCGUCCUGUUCUGUCUUUAUCUGGUCCGCGCAAUCCGUCAUCCACAUCUUGCAGCUUGGGCAAAUUUGGAGGUAUUUCCAUGCCAUCUACCUGGGCAUCCGGAGCCGGCGCAGUGGGGACCAUGACCGCUGGAGGUUCUACUGGAGGAUGGUGUACGAGUUCGCUGACGUCAGCAUGCUGCACCUCCUGGCCACCUUCCUGGAGAGCGCUCCUCAGCUGGUGCUGCAGCUCUGCAUCAUCAUCCAGACCCACAAACUGCAGGCCGUUCAAGGAAUGACAGCGGCUGCCUCCCUUGUGUCUCUGGCCUGGGCCCUGGCAUCCUAUCAGAAAGCGCUGCGCGACUCCCGGGAUGACAAGAAGCCAAUCAGCUACCUGGCUGUCAUCAUCCAGUUCUGCUGGCAUUUCUUCACCAUCGCUGCCCGGGUCAUCACCUUCGCCCUGUUUGCCUCCGUGUUCCAGCUCUACUUCGGCAUCUUCAUCGUCCUGCAUUGGUGCUUCAUGACCUUCUGGAUAGUCCACUGCGAGACUGAGUUUUGCAUCACCAAGUGGGAGGAGAUUGUCUUCGACAUGGUAGUGGGCAUCAUCUACAUCUUCAGUUGGUUCAAUGUGAAGGAGGGUCAUACUCGGUGUAGGCUUUUCAUCUACUACUUUGUGAUCCUGCUGGAGAACACUACUCUGAGUGCCCUGUGGUACCUGUACCGCGUCCCUCAGAGCACCGACGCCUUCGCCGUCCCCGCCCUCUGUGUCAUCUUCAGCAGCUUCCUCACCGGCAUCGUCUUCAUGCUCAUGUACUACGCCUUCUUUCACCCCAACGGGCCCCGCUUCGGACACUCACCCAGCCUCGUGCUGGACGACCCCACCGCUGCUUUUAUGCUGCCCACCGAGGGGGCCACCAACUCGCUGAGGUCCAAUCGGGGUGUGCCCCUCAUCUCGGGGGAUGGCACCAUUGGCAGAGACGCCAAAUACACAGAGAGGGACGGCUGUAUGCCCGUGUUUCAGGUGAGACCCACCGCCCCCUCCACGCCGUCCUCCCGUGCCCCACGCAUCGAGGAGACAGUCAUCAAAAUAGACCUGUGUCGGAAUCGCUAUCCGGCCUGGGAGAGGCACGUACUGGACAGGAGUAUACGCAAGGCCAUCCUGGCCAUCGACUGUUCCCCCACGCCACCCAGACUCCAGUACAAAGAUGACACUACUGUUCAGGAGCGUCUAGAGUACGAGACCACGUUGUAGCCCUGCACCGCUGCCUGGAUGAAGGAUCCAUGGAAAUGCUCAACUGUAAUAAAGGAUGACCAUCAACUUAGAUUUACAGCAGGACUGUGGCAAUAAUACCUUAUGAGCUCUCUCUAUAUACAUACUAGCAUUGAACCAUGAUGUUGGUUGUCAUGGUUACAACUUCAGAAUAAAGAAAGUCGCACACUCCAUGUACAAUCUUCCAGCAAUUCAAUGGAUAUUUACCAAUGUUUCGGCAUCACUGUGAUUUCCUCAGAGGAAGGCACACUUCCUCACCCUGAGGACGGCACUGUGAUGCCGAAACGUUGGUAAAUACCCAUUGAAUUGCUGGAAGAUUAUACAUGGAGUGUGCGACUUUCUUUAUUUUAAUAGUUUAUAGUUUAUUUGCCGUUAGUCAGUACCUCCACACAAACUAUUAUUCUGGGUGUGCGCCAGCUGUUUUUUUUUUUACAACUUCAGAAUAGGCACAACUUACUAGUUGAUGUGUCAGAGGGAUAUAUUCAUGUUUUCUAAACAGUUUUGUUUUUGGUUGAUGUUGUCCUUAUUGUUCUUGUAGUUUUUACUUACGUCUGUCAGGGAAUCUCUUAUUUUUAAAAAGGCCAUUGCACACACAAAUACAAAUGUAUCCCCAUAGUCUAUCAUGAUAACAGCAGCAUUCCAAUGAAUGACAUCAUGCCCCUUCAUAAUAGGUGGGUUAUGAAGGUUCAUAAUAGGUCGUUAUGAAGGUUGUCUGAGCUCUGCCAACCAGGUGGAACCAAGCAGAGGACCAUACACAUCCUCAUAUGACAAAAGUACCAAAGUACUCAAUGUAGGGUCAUUGCUGGUUCCUGUUUACCUACGGCAUCUCAAAUAUCUAGUCAUCUCUACUACCACCAUCUUAGAUCUGCAAAGAUAUACUGUACAUUUACAGAUACUAGUAAUAUCCCCUGAUAUACAUAGAAUGGACGUGUUAUAAAUAAAAAAGGUAAUCAAAUGGUCCUGAUA